AUGGCCAAGUCUUUAUACCAGCCACUUACGUCGAAACAAUUUCGACUCGUCACACUUCUCCCCGGCCCAGAUUCGACACCAAUAAAAACUACAUUACGAAUUGUCAAUCUUGAGGAGAAACCAAGGUUCGAUGCUCUAUCUUAUGAAUGGGGUCCGGAGUCAUCUAACGAUCCUCAAAUUCAUGUCGACAAUAUACCAUUUACAAUUCGUCGCAAUCUAUGUCUCUUUCUAAAGAGACUCCGGCGAGCAUCCAGUCAGAAUGCUCAAGUGAUUUAUGCAGAUGCUAUCUGUAUCAACCAGCAAGAUGUCGAAGAAAAAGGACAUCAAGUCGCCUUGAUGAGUGAAAUUUAUAUGCGCGCUAAGAAGGUGUUGGUUUGGUUAGGUGAACAUGAUCAAAAUAGCGAGAUGGUAUUCGGAACCAGUCUUGGAGAUUACGUGGAAACCAUGCCAGCGGGCUUACGAGUACUACCUUGUCUUUUUCCCGUGAUUAUACCACUUCAUUUCAUAAGAAGUGCAAAAAGACUAGGUCGGCGCAUGCAAUCUGGCACCGAUCCUCGAAUCUCCGCCUGGACUGCCUUACUAUCACGAUCAUAUUGGAAUCGAACUUGGAUUGUACAGGAAUUUCUUUUAUCGCGUUCGGUGGUCAUUUAUUGUGGCCCGGAUCAUAUGGAUGGGAAUUUGAUAUUUAGCAAGCCGUUGCAAGAUUACUUCUCGCGUAAGAUACAGAAAAAUAAGGGGGGAUUAGAAGGGAUUCCUCGAUCAUUUUUGCUGUUUUUCUGGAAAAUGAAUCAAAAGCGUCAUGGGACUUUUGGCAGGGGAAAACCUUAUUUUGCUGGUGCAGAUAUUUUUGAGCUGGCUUUCAACUAUCAAUAUACCGAGUGCCAGAAUAUCUUGGACCACGUGUUUGGGUUACUGGCGCUGGAAGAUCCAAGGAAGAGUCCUCCGAUUAUACCGGAUUAUAAUGACUCGGCUCAGACACUAUUUGUCAAAAUCUGCCUCUUGAAACUUCCAAAGGUUGCAGGCAGCAUGGAUAAAGUCACUGAUAAUGGGGUAGUUCGCGUAGCAAUGCUGUUUCGAGGUUUAAGGAUGACUUUCGAUGAUGCGGAGAGAAUUUUAGAUAUCUUGCUCGACAACAACCAAUCCAAUGCACGAAACAUAUCUGUGAUUGCAACCAUAGCGAAAUCUUUCGAUUCAUUUGGAUUUCUAAAGCCAGAAAGAAAACAAUGGAUUCUACCGCAGACAACAAAAGUCUCACAAACAACAGAACAAAUCCUCUCUACCAUAAAACAAUGGCAAAGCACCCAGAAGAAAAAUGCGAAUUGGUAUAACAUUUCUCAUACAGUCCAGAAACACGAGCCGCCCGGUCUGCAAUAUCUCCAGCUGGAUGAACCGCUCUGGAGUCGCUAUAGCGUUCUUAUAGCGACGGCCGCGAGCGCAGCAGCGGCGGGAAAUAUUAAUGCUCAGAAUAUUAAUAAUUUGAAUAAUUUUAAUAUGAAUAAUAUGAACAAUAUGAAUAUCAAUAACAUGAAUAUGAAUAUUAAUAAUGCGAUGAUGAUGGGGAAUCCUGCAGCGAUGGGAUUUGUAGGGGGACUUCCGCCGGGGAUGUGA